GAGAGAGAGAGAGAGAGAGAGAGAGAGAGAGAGACAGAAAUAGAAAACACAGUCACUCAAAAAAGACACACCUAGAGACAGACUGAGACUGAAGGAAGCAUAAAACCUUAUUUUGUUCAGUUAUCAUAAGCUUUCAGUUUUUAUAACAUAUUUUCCGAAAGGUACAAUCCUUACCGCUUCAGUCACUACACAUUAGUUAGAUCAUUAACAACAAUACAAAUUAUUAUUAUCCUAUGGGACAUUCAGCACUGCAUAGGACUUCUUUGCAGACAGGGUUACUCAUACCGUAACGCAAAGAUAUGUGCUAAAGCUUCAUCUGAGUAUCCGUUCAUGUUAGAACAAUUCCCUUCAUCAUCUUUAUGAAAGUCACAACGAGGCCAAAAGAUCUCACCUUACACCAUGUAAGAGGGUAUUUUACUCUAUUUAAGCGGGUGGCAAGGAAAAUCAUAUGAAUGAAAUAAUAUCUAAUCAACUUUUACGACUUAGAAGGUAAAAAGUGUGUGUGUGUGUGUGUGUGUGUGUGUGUGUGUGUGUGUGUGUGUGUGUGUGUGUGUGUGUGUGUGUGUGUGUGUGUGUGUGUGUGUGUGUGUGUGUGUGUGUGUGUGUGUGUGUGUGUGUGUGUGUGUGGUCUUGGCAAAACUGCACCAAGCUCUCCACUCUUUCACGAGAAGUGGCAGUAAUAAGACUAACAAUACACAUACACAGUGAAGGGCGAGCAUACCGGGAAAAAUAACACGACAUUCUCAAAUCAACACGAAAACAUCCACGUGAAACAACUAUAUAUCUAUAAAAAGAUGUCCGCCGCGUGAAUUACCUUCCGGAGUUUAGAAAGCGAGAGUAGGAAGGAGCUACGUAUAUAAGCAGGUUACCAAGAGCUGUGUCUUUAGUGUACUUCAGACUUAGGAUACCUUGGCAUCGUAUCUACGAAAUAAUCCAUCAUGAAUGACGAUGAAGUGAGUCCCCUCGUGGUCGACAAUGGCUCUGGUAUGGUCAAAGCUGGCUUCGCCGGCGACGACGCUCCCCGAGCUGUAUUCCCCUCCAUCGUCGGCCGACCUCGCCACCAGGGUGUGAUGGUCGGCAUGGGUCAGAAGGAUGCCUACGUCGGCGACGAGGCCCAGAGCAAGCGAGGUAUCCUGACCCUCAAAUACCCCAUCGAGCACGGCAUCAUCACCAACUGGGACGACAUGGAGAAGAUCUGGCACCACUCCUUCUACAACGAGCUCCGCGUUGCCCCUGAGGAAUCUCCUGUCCUCCUCACUGAGGCUCCCCUUAACCCCAAGGCCAAUCGUGAGAAGAUGACCCAGAUCAUGUUUGAAACAUUCAACACCCCUGCUAUGUAUGUAGCAAUACAGGCUGUACUGUCCUUGUACGCCUCUGGCCGUACUACUGGUAUCGUGCUCGAUACUGGUGAUGGUGUUACCCACACCGUCCCCAUCUAUGAGGGUUAUUGUCUUCCUCACGCCAUCCUGCGUCUUGACCUCGCAGGCCGUGACCUGACUGCCUAUCUCACCAAGAUCAUGACUGAACGUGGCUACUCCUUCACCACUACGGCUGAGCGAGAAAUCGUUCGUGACAUCAAGGAGAAGCUUUGCUAUGUUGCUCUUGACUUUGAGAGUGAGAUGAGUGUAGCCGCCGCUUCUUCCUCUCUCGAUAAAUCCUACGAGCUUCCCGACGGUCAGGUCAUCACCAUCGGCAACGAGCGCUUCCGCUGCCCCGAGUCCCUCUUCCAGCCUUCCUUUCUGGGUAUGGAAUCUGUCGGGAUCCACGAGACCGUUUACAACUCCAUCAUGAGAUGUGACAUUGAUAUCAGAAAAGACCUGUUCGCCAAUAACGUGUUGUCUGGCGGCACCACCAUGUACCCUGGUAUUGCUGACCGCAUGCAGAAGGAAAUCACUGCUCUUGCUCCUCCCACAAUUAAGAUUAAAAUCAUUGCUCCUCCUGAGCGUAAAUACUCCGUAUGGAUCGGUGGCUCUAUCCUUGCUUCUCUGUCCACAUUCCAGACCAUGUGGAUCACUAAGGAAGAGUAUGAUGAAUCUGGCCCAGGUAUUGUCCACCGAAAGUGUUUCUAAAAAAACUCUUUAAAUUCUCAUCUGAUUAUACUCUCUUCAUUAUAUAUCUAUUUUACUUUAUUACUUAUUUUUCUGCUCUUGUUACAGAAAUUCUGUAAAAUAAAAGUUUUAUAUAACUUA